UCCAGCCAUUCUUCCUCCCGGCAACCGGCUCCACCACCUCCUUCUCCUCCGUUCCGCCCGCCGCCUUUGCAGCAAGCGGGGCAGGGAAGACCCCCGCCGGGUAGAGCUCGCCAGCAAAGCUCCUCGGCUCGCAUCCCGGCCUUUGCCUUGCAAGCAGCCCCUCCAGCUGCUGCUUGAGCGCGCGCGAGGGGGGGGGAUUCUCCAGCGCCGGGGCUGCUUUUGGGGUGGGGGUCCCCCCUUAUUUUUUUUGGCAAAUCUCGCCCUUUUUGCAUCCUUUCCUCCCCCCCCCUCUUUUCCCCCUUCCUCCCACUCCUCUCCCCGGCCGGGAGAAGCGGUGCGCGCCCCCGCUUUGCGCGCCCCGGAGCAGCAGCAGCAGCAGCUGCCGGAGAUGCGAAGGGCGAGAAGCUGAUGGAGGCGCCCCGGCUGCGCCCCCCAAAAGAGCGCCGAAGGCGAAGGAGGAGGAGAAGGCGAAGAAGGCGGCGGGGGGAGCCGGCGGCGCCGUUCCUUGAAGGGCCUGCUUGGAGGGGCCCUCCCCGCUCGGCCGCCCCCGCUGGGGGAGGAGGAGGAGGAGGAAGAGGAGGGAGGGGCCUGGAAACAGGCGACCCUCGCCCGCUUGGCCACCUUCCCCGACGGCCAUGGAGCGUCGGAGCCUCGCCGACCCGGGCAGCCCGACGUCGCGGGAGGCGAGCCUGAGUCCGGAGCCCCUGCUGGGCGAGGGUCUCCUCCGGCGGCCCCCGACCCCGCCGCCUCUGCCCGGCCCGCAGCUGCAGAUGUUUCGCUCGCCAAGGAGCCCCGUCGAGGGAAGCUGCCCCAGCGCUGCUGCUGCCGCCGCCGAUGUGAUGCUGCCGGACGCGGCGCCUCCGAGCCUGGAGCAGGUGCUGCGCGGGAUGGCCGAGCGGGGUCCCCGCCGAGCAUCUUCCUCCUCCUCCUCCUCCUCCUCUUCUUCCCUCGGAGGCUGUCUGCACGGGCCGGCCGAGCAGGACGGGCCAAUCAGCCGCGGGGAAAGCCACUCAGGUGCGGGAGAUCGCCUGCAAGACGCCGCGGGGCCCAUCCUGGACCCCGAGGAAAGCGCUGAGGGUGAGCCCUGGAGCUGUUCAGCGGAGCCUCCCCUUGCUCCGGAUUUACGACUGGAGGCGGGAACUACUUUGGACGCAGAAGAGGCUUUCUGCCCCAUUUCGGAGCAGGGUGUCUUCCUGGAUCUGGCAGCCCCUCCGGAAGAGGAAUCCUACAGCCCUGGGCUCUUUCUGGAUUGCCCCUGGACGGACGAGAUGGACCAGGCGGACUCUCCCAGGGGCCGGGCUCCCCCUUCGUUAAGGCCUUUAGCGGCCACCCCCCCAUUGCUCCCUCCUCUCCCGUCUUCCAACGAUCUGGCUCCCCGCUUACCUUUGGGGCAGGCCCAACACCUGGAGGAAGAGCUACCUGGCUGUUUGGAAGACGCCCCCCAGCUCCGAGCGGUCUUCCGAGCCCUGGACCAGGACGAUGAUGGAUUUGUACGGAUAGAGGAGUUUGUGCAGUUUGCCACCGUCUACGGAGCAGAGCAGGUGAAGGAUUUGAUCAAGUUCUUGGAUCCCAUUGGGCUUGGCGUGAUCAGCUUUGAAGACUUCUGUCGAGGGAUUUCUGCAAUCAGAAACGGAGAUUCAGACAGCCAGCUGUGCCCCAUGGGAUACACUCCUGAUGAGCCGCCUCCUGCAUGCGCUGAUGAAUUUGAUGACUUCGUCACAUACGAGGCCAAUGAGGUGACCGACAGUGCGUAUAUGGGCUCGGAGAGCACCUACAGCGAGUGUGAGACCUUUACGGAUGAGGACACCAGCACGCUGGUCCAGCAUGAGAUGCACGAUGAAGUCGAGACGGACAGUGCUGUCGAUUCCACGGUGCAUUCGGAAUUCAUGGAGCCGGAGGAAACGGAGAACGGAUCCCACCCGAAUGACUUCUCCUUGACCACUGACGUCAACAGUCCCUCUAUCGUCACUGUCAUCAGCAGAGAGGAACAUUUUGAGGACUACGGAGAAGGGAAUGAGGGGGACCUUUUAUCGGACAGCUUGUGCAAUGGAGAAAGUGGCUUUAGUAGCUCGUCUUUCCUUUCUCCCAGCACCAACCCGCUUGCCACGAAACUGCACAGCAUUAUCACUGAGGAGGUGUUUGAGUUUUAUUGUAGCCAGUGCCAUAAACAAAUCAACCGCCUCGAAGACCUUUCCUCUCGCCUCACUGAUCUUGAAAUGAAUAGCCCGAAUAAGAGACUCUCCAGCAAGAAGAGAACACCUUUCCCGAAGGGCUCCGAGUGCCUGGAGGAGGAUAUCACUGAUAAGGUGAUCUUCUUAGAGAAAAGGGUGACGGAGUUGGAGAAGGACACAGCAGCAAAUGGGGAGCAACAGAGCCGGUUAAAGCAAGAAAACCUUCAGCUGGUGCACAGGGCAAAUGCCUUGGAAGAGCAGCUGAAUCAAGAGAUGAAAUCGGAAUGAAUUCUUCUGGAUGAAAUCCGGAAACAGAAAGACUUGCUCAGCAGGAUAGAACGAGAAAAAAGCAUUGAGAUUGACAACCUGCAGGCCCGGUUGCAAUCAACUGGACAAGAAAACGGAGAACUUCGGUCCUGUGUCCCCUGCCUCAAGGCCAAUAUUGAGAGGCUGGAGGAGGAGAAGCAGAAGUUGUUGGACGAAAUUGAAGAUCUCACCGUUCAGCUCACGGAAGAACAGGAGAACAAGAGAAAGAUGGGGGAGAAGUUGAACCAUGAGAGACAUCAGUUCCAGAAAGAUAAAGAGUCCAGCAAGAGGAAAGAUGGCUUGGAGAGGCUGAUAGAGGACUUGAGGAAACAGCUGGAACACCUGCAGCUCUUUAAGCUAGAAGCCGAGCAGCGGCGAGGGCGGAGCAGUAGCAUCGGCCUGCAGGAAUACAACAGCCGGGCGCGAGAGAACGAACUGGAACAAGAGAUCAGGCGGCUCAAGCAGGACAACCGAAACUUGAAGGAGCAGAACGAUGAGCUGAACGGGCAGAUCAUCAACCUCAGUAUUCAAGGUGCCAAGAAUCUCUUCUCCGCUUCCUUCUCUGAAUCUCUGGCUGCGGAAAUCAGCUCAGUCUCUAGAGACGAGCUGAUGGAGGCAAUCCAGAAGCAAGAAGAGAUCAACUUCCGACUGCAAGACUACAUCGACCGAAUCAUUGUGGCCAUCAUGGAAACCAACCCAUCCAUCCUGGAAGUCAAGUAGGAGACUUAAAGAGUUGAGAGCAACACAAAGCCAGCGUCACGUGGGUGUGGCGGAUUUGCUACUUGGAAGAAGGAAAUGCUGGCCAAGUCUUCACUCUAUGGAGAAGGCACAGGAAGCCUCACGUUGGAGUGGUUGGGUGGCAGAUGGCAGUGAACUUGGGGUGGAGAAAAGAGAGAGAGAGAAAAGAAAGAAAGAAGAGAGAGGACCAGCCAUUAAGUAAGGCUGUCCUGAUUCUAAUGGGUUUUGGAACCCUCUGGCUUGUGGGGCUAGUGGUGGCAAAAAGAGUUUGGAAAAAAAAGAGAAUCGGAGUCACAGAAACAAGGGGCGAGGGUGGGCGGGGCGAACAUACACACCUGCCCUCUUUUGCAGGAAUGGAGCAGAAUCUGGGUGGCCCCUUGAAAUAGCCUUCUUGGAAACCUCUCCUGUCCACCAGCAACAGAAGCUGGCUUGUGCUGGAUCCCUCGGCACCUGGAAGCUGUAGCACGACAGUCAAAGGAGGACUUUCACCUGCCUUCCCAUGCCUCUCUGGUUGAAUCCUCAGCCCUCCCAUCGCCCUCCUUUUUGAAGCUGUUCAGCCAGUAGAAAGAAAAACAGGGCUGCCUUGAACUCCGGCCGGCUUCGUUGUCCCUUGUGCUGUUUUGUAGGGAGCCCCCCCCUGGUUUUUUUUGGGGGGGGGACCUCUGCCUUAAAACCUAUGAGUUGUGGUGCUUUGGGGAAUUGGAGCCCCUCUGCAGAGAGGUGGGCUGAUGUAAAAGAAAAGAAGGUCAAACCCAGGCGUGGUCCUCUGGAUGAUUUGGGUGGGUGGCAGCCCUGGCUGAUGAAUUUGGUUGUCGGGGGACAGCUGGUGAAUGGCUGUGCUGGAGGAGGAGGAAGCUCAGCUGAUGAUACUGAAUGUGGAAGCAGAGCUGAUCCUUUAUCCCUCUUGGCGGCAGCCGCUUCCUUCCAUGCUUCAUUCAUCUCACGCCCUUUUUUCGUUUGGUGUUUUCAUGGGUUAAAAUCACUUUAAGGCAAGCAUGGCAACAGAUAUGUCGGUUCAAUAAUGAAAACAGGGGAGGAGGGAGGGGGGAGGGGGGAAAGGGACAUCACGGGACUGGAAGAACGGAGUUGUUUCUGUCUCUUGGCACCAACACAUCACUUUGCUUUAGAAGGGCCUGGUCAAGCUCUAGUAGAACAUUGGUUUGGCUUUGCAUCCAUCCCUUUGGGAAGGCGCUGAAAGAGAAUUGCGCCUUUUAAGCUCUUUUGCUCUUCUGCCUUCUCCUUGGGUCGAAGUAGAUUUGCAUAUCGAUGGGAGGCUGAAAAACCAGCCAUUGGGGACAAGUCAACUUUCCCCCCCAACAUAAAUUUUAGGCGAGCGGAUGAAUUUUGCCCGUAUCUAGAAAGCAGGCUAUUUCCCCUGAAAAAAAGAAAGAAAAGGUUUUCAAUAUGUUUUAAAUCUGCCCCUUUGAGAUGUGUUUUAAAAGAGCUUCUCGGGGGUUCUUUAAUUAUUUUUUUAAAAUGCCACUAUUUGGAAUUUGAAAGGGGCAUCUUAUACCUUUCGUGAGCAAAUCCUGCUUCACCGAUGCUUUAUUUUAGAAGUUUCAGGAGCCCAAAGGAGGGUGAGAUAGUCCAUUUCUACACGUGUCUCCUCUGCAUCUCCUCCACUGUCCCCUUCUCUAAAGCACACACACACACACAUGGAGCAAUUGUGCAACUUGGACAACACAAUGUAUGGAGCCUAACCAGACUCGUGUCUGUGCGACCCACAUAUGCAGAUCAUUUUCCUGGAGUGCAGGAACAUCGCGCCGAGAGUGUUACACGCUACUCCUCUCCUUUCUUUGAAAUCAUCAAGCCGUUGAGUUCUUGAGUCCCUUCAUGUAUGGCGAAAGUGACAUGAUGCUAGUUUGAAAAUACAAGUUCCAGGCCAAAGUCACGUGUCUUUGCGUUCCCACAUUGACCCAACUGUUGGGCCACUGGAAUACUUUGCAGUUCCUUGAACCAGGACACUGGAAUGUAUAUAUAUGUAUAUAUCAGUAGUUUCCGCUAUUAAUGAUUUGCAACUGGCUUGAACAUGGGAGAUGAAAUGGUCAGAAAAACGCAGAGGAGAGUGAUUCUCAAACCCCAAACAUUCUUACACACUUGCUAAUGUCCUGUAUUUCUCUGUACCCCCCCCCCCAAAAGAAAAAAAAGUGUCUGCAGGAAGAAUCCACAUACUGUACAUUUCCAGAAGAAACUUUGGGUGUGUAAAUCAGUGUAUACUUGGGAAGAGAAAGAUUUUUUUUCCUUUUUCUACCUUGUAGAGUUAGGUAUUUUUUUACAGAACGGAGGCCGAUCAAUUUUUAAUACUUCAGAGAGCAAUGUGUAAACACACAAAUCUAUCUAUAUGUAUAUAUAUAUACUGUAUAUGUAUGUAUUGUAUAAUGUACAGAUCUAUAAAUAAUCAGAUUUGCCUUUCUUGA